AUAACGUGGUUUGUGGAUGUGUUGCAUUCAACAUGGAUCCGAGUUGAAUAACAGCUGAUAUCUCAUACACAGAAUGCGGCUUAUUGUCUUUAAUUAUUUGCAAUGAGAAGUGACGAGCGAUUUUUAACUAUCGUGCUGUUAUUGGUUUCGUUACGAUUCCACUCUUUUUCAGUUAUUAUUUACUCCAAUGUACGGUCUCGUUGGUAAUACGAACAUACAUGUGACUGAUUCUAACCUCUCGAGUUCGGUCACUAAUAUUAAAGUGUUUCGUAUUUUACAUCGAGGUAACUCUUGAUCGUCAUUAUAGAUGAUAUAAAUUAUGAAUAAAAAUGCGAGACUCAUAUUUCGACUUUGUGUCACUGUCGGUAACCUCAGAAACUCUGCGUCAAGUGCAGCACGGGCACUGUACACCCAAAAUUCGUCGCUUUGUCUCGCUUCGGAUUUAAAAGAUCGCAGGUAUACCUUGCCGGUGAUUAAAAGUGAGGAUAACGACGUUAUUCUCCAGGCUUUAUCGAUGGCACGAACAAAGGCCGAGUUAUUAGAAAUAAUCAAGACAUAUAGCUCGUCAUUAAAGUUUGAGCAUUCACUGAAAGCUUUCAAGAUAUUCGAUACUAUCCACAGACAGAACGCCAUGGUAGAUACUUCGCUAAUACCAAAGAUGGACAUCCAUGAGCUCUGCAAGGUUCUAUCGAAUGAUGUAAAAUCGUUGAGUGGAGACGAUGCUGUACUCGUGUUAAGAGUUUUACGAUAUUUCAAUGUUCCAUCGAGCAGUUUUAUCUCACAGUCUCUAACCGAGCACAUCAAAAAAUUUUUACAUACCAUAUCUUUUCAACGCCUUAUCGAAUUUGAUACUCAGUUGGGUAAUUUUGAAAGCAGUCCUUUAUCAGAAGCGCUCAAGAUCGCAGUGCCAAUAAUUUUGGAAACUAGACUAAAAAAUAAAAUGCUAAAUACGAACGAUAUGCAGGAUUUAACAGUUGCGUUAAAUUUUAUGCACAAAAACUCCAUUACCGAUCGUAAAAUAAUGCAAUUUAUCAUAGAUUCGAUAUGCAAGCAAGGACAAAACAUGACUGUAUCACAAGCGACGGAAAUAUUCAAAACUUUAUCCAAUUUGAAAUAUUUACCACAUAAUUAUCAAGAAGUAGUGCAAAACGUGCAGCAAGUUUUUACAGAUAACAUGAAACAACUUUCGUACUUCAAAAUUGUAAAUAUAUUGAACAGGAUGUAUAAGGCUAUAGUUAUUAGGCCAAAUAUGAAAUUUUAUAAUGAAGAACUUCUAGACGCUUGUGGAAAUGCAGCGAUUGCUGGAAAUAUGGAAUUUUCAAAAGGUGUUAAGAUAUUGAAUCAAUUGUGCUAUUUAGGCCACAUGCACGUACCAUUGAUGGAUUAUCUCAUAGCUGAAUAUUUUCAAAACCCAGGGGUUUUGCUUAAAUGUAGCAAAAAAAUUGUCAUGUGUUUUGUGAUAUCCCUGGCUUCUUUCAACUAUAAACCGAUGUUUUGGAAAAGUAUGCAACCAACCAUAUUGGAGAUCGUACACAAAGAUCAAGUUGAAUCAACAAAACUUCUAGAGUUUGCCGUCAACUUAGCAGUGUUUGAUUGCUUUGAACCAAAUAUGAUAGAUAAACUGUUCAGUGAAAAUUUCCUUAAAUCUGAACUCUCGAGAAACAAAUAUAGGACGCACUGGAAUGUAUUGUUAUUGUAUCAAAGUGUUCAGACCCUUUGUUUAAUCCCAGUUAAGAAGUCUCCACCUAGACGUAUCCUCGAAGAUGCAAUAAAAGCCAACGAAGCCACGAACAAAAAUUCUUCUCUAUUACCAGCUUUAGAGAAAGCCAUGGGUGGCUCGCAGUAUGUUAUAUGUAACUUGAAGACCAAACUUGGGCAUUAUAUUGAUCAUAUCGUUAUAAUGAGAAAAGGUGGAUACGCUGUUGCGCUGAAUUUACCGCCUGAAGAAACGAAUGAAUGCAAGCCCAUAACGUACAUAGAAGAACUUCCACUGCCUUCUGAAAGCCAAGUCGUUAUAGUGAAAGCAUUGCCUGCCAGGGCGUACACAAAUAAUUCUCAAUGCCUGAAAGGCUCUUGGACAUUGCUAUUGAGAACUUUAGAAAAACAAACUGGACACGCGGUUAUUUCGAUAAAUUUAGCGAUAUGGAAUGACCUCAAGGAGCACGAAAAAAUUCCACAUCUCAUGCAAGCUAUUCGCCUAAAGUGUGACUAUCUAUCGGAGGCUGCAAAUGUAUCAUAAGUAGUGUAAAGAUUAAUUAAAUUGUUAACUGUUGUAUGAGAAGAAAAGAAAACAGCAAUAGUAAUAAACCUGCGAUAUAAUUACCAGAAA